AGAUUUUGUGACGUGUAAUGUGAGAGACGUUUACAUGCAGGAACUGCAAGAAUACACGUCGAUGUAAAUAAUGAGUUCACUUAUUCACACUGCGACGAGGUUUUCUGCUACAUUUCUUUGUUCCCAUCUCAGUCGCACAUCUGUAAUUCCAGCUGUUUCCCUUCAUUCGAGAAAAAUGUUGCAUUAUUUAACGGAGGUGAGAGGACGACCAAACUCGCUUGACUACAGGAUUUACUUCAAAACUUCAGAUGGAAAGUACAUAUCCCCUUUCCAUGAUAUUAAUCUCUAUGCAGCUGCUGAUGAACAGGAAUGUGGUGUUCCUCCAAAGAAAUUGAAGACAAAUGAGAUCCUGUUUAAUAUGGUUGUAGAAGUACCUCGCUGGUCAAAUGCCAAGAUGGAGAUAGCAACAAAGGAACCUUUAAAUCCAAUCAAGCAAGAUGUAAAGAAAGGCAAGCUGCGAUACGUAGCCAACAUUUUUCCACACAAAGGUUACAUGUGGAACUAUGGUGCACUUCCACAGACAUGGGAAGAUCCCAACCACAACGAUAAAGAAACUAUGUGCUGCGGAGACAAUGACCCCAUAGAUGUGUGUGACAUUGGCUCCAAGGUGUGUGUAACUGGGCAGGUGAUUCAGGUUAAAGUUCUAGGAAUUCUGGCUUUGAUAGAUGAAGGAGAGACUGACUGGAAGGUAGUAGCCAUCAACAUAGAGGACCCUGAUGCAUCAAGCCUUAACAGUAUUGAGGAUGUCAGAAAGAAUAGACCUGGUCAUCUUGAGGCUACGGUGGAUUGGUUUAAAAAAUACAAAGUACCAGAUGGAAAGCCUGAAAACCAGUUUGCAUUCAAUGGACAGUUUAAGGAUAAGGACUUUGCCAUAGAAAUCAUUAAAUCAACACACAACUACUGGAGAGCAUUAGUGACGAAAAAAAAGACUAAAGGUGAAGAAAUUGUUUGUCAAAACACCUCCUUGUGUGAUAGUCCAUUUAAAUGCACUGAUGCAGAGGCUGGUGCAGUGGUCCAAGCUGCUGCAGAAUACGGAGAACCCCUCCCGGUGUCUUCUGAUGUGGACAAAUGGCACUUCUUGGCAAAUUAAAAGAUGACCUCACUUUUCAGAAUGGUCCCAUAAGAAGGUAGAGAAGAGCAGAACAUCAGCAUGUACAAAGAUUUGUAAUUUGUGUUUGUUUUCUUUUGUAAAUCAUUAAAUGAUCAGCACAAGGCACACCAUUGCCUACUAUUUAUUCCGUUUUUAUUAUAGGGCAUCAAAUUAGCAUGUUAUUUUUGUCAUUCAUAUGACAUAUAUACAUUUUUUUUAGUUGUAACAGAUAUCACAAAUUGCAAUUAUGUUUUUUAUGCACAUUCUUUGUAAUGUUUCUGUCAUUUAUUUCAAUGAACAUAUUUCAAAAACAAAUGUUUAAGAGCUCAUGUCAGUUUUUAUAUUUCAAAGGUAGAGAAGUUAAAAUCCCACAACGCACUGGUUUUUAGAGUCCAAGCACAAAGAAAUGAAACAUGGUGGGCAUUUUUGUCUGGCCUGGAUAAAAUUUGGGGAUAAAGUUCCCACCAGGAGGUGCUAUCAUGUCUCUGAUGCAUAAAAAGUUUGUGUUGUUUGUUUCGCUUUUGGCAUUAUUUGACUGGCCUCAACACAGUGAACAACUUUGCCUAAAGAGCCAUUUCUUGUCAAUCAAAUCAUUUUUAUUUAUUUGUUAUAUAUAUAUAUAUUUUGUUUUGGUGUGAAAUGAACUUUUGUGAAUAAUUAAUAAGCUUGCAUGGUUGCACUGUUUGCAAGUUGAUUUACUCCAUUUUUAUUGUUGAUUUGUUGUUUAAUAACUUCUUGUUUUGUUGUCUGAAGUUCAUAUUCUUCUCAAAAUUACCUAUUCAUGAUAAAAAAAAACGGAUCUAUUGAUUGUCACCUUCAUCUUGUUUUGUGCACCAUGUGUUUAGGUCUGUGUGCAAAGUUCUGAAUCUUGUUUUUAUCAUCGUAAAAGCAAUGUGAUAUUGCUUCCUGUGCAAGGCUUCUGUUUCAUGUGGUAUGACUAAAAACUUUAAAUAAGCAUUACAAUUCUAGUACAUUUUUAAAAGCAAGCCUAAAUUCAGUGCUACAUUGCUUGAGUAAAAUAUCCAAACAAACAGUGAGUAAAAUUGACUUGAAAUGGAAUGUUGCAAAAAGCAUUACUUGAACAUUUCCAAUUAAAUCCACCAACAAUUGUGUGUAGGCUUUACCUGAAAAUAUGGUCUUUAAAAGGGGUCAUGAAAUGCUCUUUUUUUAAAUUUUAUUUUUAUAGUUUUAUUAUCUUUCCUUAGGUCCACUGAUAAUAUUAGUAAAGUUUUUUUUUUGUUUGGUUUUUUUUUUUUUCAUUAAAACAGUCAUAAUUUAUAAUAUAUGAUCAUUUUCCACCCUGUCUCAGGCCCUCUGUCUGAAACACUCAGUUUUGGCCUCAGCUCCUCCUUUAAACGGCAACAAAAACGCCCACUGUUCUGAUUGGCUAGCAUCAUGCAGCCCCACAAAUACAGCCAUAUUUGAAAUUCAUUCAAACCCACAAUAUGAUAAAACUACAUUUCAGGGAUUACACAUAACGCACAUCCAAAACAUUGCAUCUGAAUAUAUAAAACUUCAUCUCAAGCACAACUUUUAACACUCACAUCCUGUCUACACCGGACACGAGAGGUGUGUCAAAAGCAAUAGAACCCAUUAUAAUCAAUGAUGCUGUCUACCAUAGAAGUGUCAGUUGUAGUAAACAGAUCUCCUGUUCUAUUUUGCACUGCAUGCGCUGGUGCUACUACUGCCAACAACACAAAAAAACAGUAUAGAAAGUGUGUGUUGACGUGCCCGGUGUAAACAGCCUCAAGCCGUUGCAUUGCAUCGUGUUAACGGACAAGGUGUCAGCACCAUAAACUAUCAAACCAUUAUGAGAUUUCAAACAUCAAUGUAUGGAAUAUGUACUGCUCUCUCACUUUCUUGAGUAUGAACUGUGCCCCAGUGGGCGGGGCAAAGGGUGUGAUGAUGUAAAGUAGGCGUCGAUGUUGUUGCUGUAAAGGCGGUCAUGAAUUAAUUAGUACCCUUUGUGACAUCACUAAAACACAAAUGUAGAGAACGAGCCGUUUGGCUUGGUUUCAAUAAAUGCUUUUAUUGCACUGGGGAGUAAGUUUUGAGUUCUGAAAUUCACAGUAUGUUUUUGUAGAAGAAAGACCUCUUAUAUGUCAAAAUAUCAAGGAUCAUUCCUCAUGACAUGACCCCUUUAAAUGUACUAGCAGUUUCCUAAAGUUUUUCAAGGAAACCAAACUCUAAAUCUGUUUAGGAGCUCAACAAUUGCUAAACGCAGCUAUAUUACUAUAUUAAAAGAUACUCGAUGCACAGAUACAGUUUUCACUUCACAAUAAGGUGAACAUUAGUUAAUGCUUUACUGUAUCAUGAAAUUACAAUGAACAAUAUUCUUAUAUAAAGCUUUUAUUUUUGAAACAUUAAUCUAAAUUUUAAUGUUCAUUGUUUUAUGAUUCUUAGUUUGAAUUCAUAUUAAUGCAUACAACUUUUAAUGCAAAGAAUAUAUUGGUAUAUGUAGACAUUAACAUUAACCAAUAUUAAUAAAUGCUAUAAAAGACUUGUUCAUUGUUUGUUAAUGUAUUGCUGUAUCUAAUGUUCAUGAAUACAACACUAGUGUUCAGACCACACUAAUGAUACUUUUACAGUGCCAUCAAAAUGUUAAUAAUUCUCAAGGAUGGCCUUUAGUAUAGGGGAAAGGGUAUGAUUAUUUGAAGAGUCCAUAAUAUACAGCUACCUUUGAUUUAGAGAUGCACAUUUAUGAAUUUUGUUUGCUAAAAAUAGAUAGAUUAGCAAUACAUUAGCAGUGAAUUAUUAAAUAAAGCACGUCUCCCAAAAUGGUAAGCUUUGCCAGUGGCUCAACUAAUAGGAAAUACUGUAAAAGUGGUCUUGUUGAAAUUUUUCAAGUGGGUAAAAUGUCUUAAAAGAAUCUGAGAGAGUGCUGGGCAGAGAAAAUGUUUAAGGAUUUUACUCAAGUUAUAUACUGAAGAAGUUGUUUUACGGUAGCUACACAAAUCUGAUGUACAGAAACUGCAAAGAGGGAAGAAUUUUUUUAUAUAUAUUUCUGCAAACUUGAUUGAAAUAUGGAAUAAUAAUGUGUUAGUUUUGGUCCAAUAAAGUACUUAUAUAUUUUUUGUAAACUUUCUUUUGUGUUUCUAUAAAGAAUAAAACCAAGGUUUGC